AUGGACACUCUCGCAGCACAUGCAGCUUCAGCAACCGCUGAUGAUCAUCUUACUGGCACCCUCGCUGCCAAGGUCGGGCACGCUCAGAUGUUGAAGGGUGGAGUCAUCAUGGAUGUGAUGAAUCCUGAGCAAGCAAGAAUAGCACAGGAAGCCGGUGCUUGUGCAGUUAUGGCGCUCGAGCGCAUUCCUGCUGACAUCCGCCAGCAGGGUGGAGUUGCACGCAUGAGUGAUCCCAAGAUGAUCAAGGAGAUCAAGGCUGCUGUCACCAUCCCUGUCAUGGCCAAGUGCCGCAUUGGCCACACUGUCGAAGCCCAGAUCUUGGAGGCUAUCGACAUCGACUACAUCGAUGAGUCGGAGGUUUUGACUCCUGCCGACGAUGUGCACCACGUCAACAAGAACAAGUUCAAGGUUCCUUUUGUGAACGGAUGCCGCAACCUUGGCGAAGCCCUUCGUCGUAUCGCUGAGGGUGCUGCCAUGAUCCGUACCAAGGGUGAGGCUGGUACCGGCAAUGUGGUCGAGGCUGUUCGCCACGCCAAGGCCGUGCAGAGUGAGAUCCGCCGCCUUCAGUCAAUGGACGAGGAUGAGUUGUACGUGUAUGCUAAGGAUAUUCAGGCUCCUCUGUCCCUUGUCAAGAAGACCAAGGAGCUUGGCAGGCUGCCUGUUGUGAACUUCGCUGCCGGCGGUGUUGCGACACCGGCUGAUGCUGCUUUGAUGAUGCAGCUGGGCAUGGACGGCGUGUUCGUCGGAAGUGGAAUCUUCAAGUCUGGGAACCCCAAGAAGCGUGCAGAGGCCAUUGUGAAGGCUGUCACUCACUACAACGAUCCCAAGAUGCUUGCUGAGAUCAGUGAGGACCUCGGAGAGGCGAUGGUUGGCAUCAACUCAGGAGAAGGUUACAUCAUGUUCUGCAACCGCGACUCGUAAUUGAGGAAACGUCUUUGUAACAUAAGCUGGGGAUCUCGUAAAAAGUAUUCAACACCC